AUGCGAUUCUCCACCGUUUUCGCCCCGUUCAUAGCGUUGACUGUCACGGUCUUGGGACCCUUCGCUUUUGCGACCAUGCAACCCCUCGACAUGCAGAACUCCGGAAACUCCCUCGCGCGCAUGGCGUUCGACUUAAAGGACCUUAUCGCUACAAUCAACGAGUCGCAGAAUGGAGGUGCCAUGAGUGACGUCUUCGACGAAUUCGACGACAUCUUCGACAGCGUCCUGUCGAACAUCUCCCUGCUGACCGGCACCGCUGUCGUCACCGAUCCCCUCGACGUACAACUCGUUUACGAGGCAUACUCCAACUUCGUCCAAGGCGUCUUCGAGCUCAUGGACGGCGUCGCCGACAGCGCCCCCACAUUCAUCCAACUCGACAAGCAGAACGAGUUCCGUAUCCCCGCCGCCGUGCGUGAACUCAGCGGCGUCGUCGAUGCAUACUUGUUCAACAUGAUCGGCAUCUUCCCGUCGAACAGCAGCUACGCCUACCAGAGCGCCAACCAGAAGUCCCAGGUCGACACGCACCUUCGCCGCGCCGUCCAUUCGUACCAUCUUGCGACCGCGAGGACACCCACCCCAUACUCGAAUACCUCAGCGCUUCCGGAGCGCCGACGACAUAGGCUGGGGGCGUAA